UUUAGCCCCAAUUGUCAAGAAUCACCCAACCCAACUCAUUUUCUUCACUCCCAAACCUUUUUCUCUCCUCACAAUUAGGUCCCCCCCUCUCUUUUAUAUCUUUUCUUUAUCUAACAGUAUAAAGAUUGCUUUUUUUCUGUCUAUUGCUGAACAAAAAAACCCUCAAAGUUCUCAUCUUUGUGACUUCAGGUUCUUGUGUCCUGGCAAAAAAGGAAUUUGGUCAUUUUUUGAGGAACUUUCUGUUGUUGAUGGAGCUGCUUAUGUUGAUGUGUUUUUCUAAUGAGAAGGGGGUUAAUGACUUGAACUUGGAGUCUGAGUAAUGGGUUUGGUGAGCAUAGUGCAUUUAGGUAUCAAUAUUCGUGUAAAUGGCUUCGACACCUUCUUCCAAGAGUUCAGCCGAAAAGCUGAACAAGACAACUGGAAAUCAGACAGAAGAACGGAGUUCACGCAGGUCUGUACCUUCCCAAGUUUCGAAAAGUAACAAAUUAGAGAUUGCAACUUCUAAAGAACGAGAAGUUGUAUCGAAACAGCUUGUGGUAGAAUCAACAGUCAGCCAAAAGUCACAAAGUAGUCAACCUAAGGGAUCUUCCAACUCAUUUGCUGAUAAAUUCAAUUCAAGCUUGUAUUUGGGCAAUUCAAAACAUUCAGCUAGCGGAGUAGGUUCUAUGCCUGCUGAGGCAAAAGGCUCACAAGGCACAGCUGAUCAGGAAAGGAAAAGUUCUAUCAAGGACAGCUCAGCAUCAGCCAAAGUUAGUGAUGGGGCUAGCAGUAUUGCAAAAACAAGCGGAAGUGCCAAAAUUAGCGAUCGGGCAGAUUUUCUUGAGAGUGGUAAGAGCAGCAUCUGUAGGGGUAGCACAGGAACUGACGUAAGUGAGGAGAGUACUUCUAGCAGCUUGAGCAGCAGUGUCAACAAACCUCAUAAAGCUAAUGACUCAAGAUGGGAAGCCAUCCAAGCUAUCCGGAGUAAAGAUGGGGCAUUGGAUUUGAGGCACUUUCGGUUGCUGAAGAAAUUGGGAAGUGGUGAUAUUGGAAGUGUGUAUCUAUCUGAGUUGUGUGGAACAAAGUGUUAUUUUGCCAUGAAAGUUAUGGAUAAGGCGUCGUUAGCUAGUCGUAAGAAAUUGCUUCGUGCUCAGACAGAAAGAGAGAUAUUGCAAUCCCUGGACCAUCCAUUUCUCCCAACAUUAUAUAGCCAUUUUGAAACAGAAAAGUUUUCAUGUCUAGUGAUGGAGUUCUGCCCAGGAGGAGACCUGCACACACUCAGACAAAGACAACCAGGGAAGCAUUUUUCAGAACAAGCUGUGAAGUUCUACGUAGCAGAAGUGCUCCUUUCUCUGGAAUACCUCCACAUGCUUGGCAUUGUCUACCGUGAUCUCAAGCCAGAAAAUGUGCUUGUCAGAGAAGAUGGACACAUAAUGCUGUCUGAUUUUGAUCUCUCCCUUCGCUGUGCUGUCAGUCCAACGCUUGUCAAAUCAUCAUCUCUUGAAGGUGAGCCGCUGCGCAAGAAUUCAGCUUAUUGUGUGCAGCCAGCAUGCAUUGAGCCCUCGUGUAUUCAGCCAUCUUGUGCUGUUCCUACAACAUGUUUCGGGCCUCGCCUCUUUUCCAGCAAGUCAAAGAAAGAAAAGAAAACUAAAAAUGAAAUAGGUAACCAAGUUAGCCCAUUACCAGAGCUUAUUGCUGAGCCUACUGGAGCGCGGUCAAUGUCAUUUGUCGGGACUCACGAGUAUUUAGCACCCGAGAUAAUCAAAGGCGAAGGACAUGGGAGUGCAGUGGACUGGUGGACGUUUGGUAUCUUUCUAUACGAGUUACUAUUUGGCAAAACACCUUUCAAGGGAUUAGGAAAUCGACAAACUCUUUUCAACGUUGUUGGUCAGCCCCUACGAUUUCCAGAAUCUCCAGUGGUCAGUUUCUCUGCAAGGGAUCUUAUCCGAGGCUUGCUCGUGAAGGAGCCACAACAUCGAUUGGCAUACAAAAGAGGAGCCACAGAAAUCAAGCAGCAUCCCUUCUUUGAAGGCGUAAAUUGGGCUUUGAUUCGUUGCGCGAGCCCUCCUGAGAUCCCGAGGCCCGUGGAAUUCGAGAGAAUUUCAGUUCCACCAGCAGCAUCAACCAGUGAGAAAACUGUAGCUGGAACUGUUCCAUACCAGAAGAAUUCAGACAACUAUCUUGAAUUUGAUUUCUUUUAAUCUAUUAUUUUAAAUCUUUUUUUUUUCGUCGAGCCGAUUGGCUGUUCCUCUUCACUAAAUGAAACAUACGAAGGCUGUACAACAAUUGGAAGAUGUUAUGUGAAGGUUUGAUGAUCAUAUUAUUGUUUGAGUUGUAAUUGAACAGUUGAAAAAAUUGUUGUAUGGCAAAACACUACAAGUUUGAUGCUACCAAUCGAUGAUGUGAAUUUGUUAGUUUAUUUGGA